CGGCGAGAAGCGGCGAGAACACAGCGCUGACGGAGCGCACGCCUCAGUAAGCUACUUUCGCAGUCGGUUUCAACAUACGGGCGAGAACAGCGGCGAGAAGCGGCGAGAACACAGCGCGCGAAGCUGUGAGCAGUCGGCACUGUUUGUGGGCAUCGCAGAUUGCUUUCAAGCUGUGGCCUGCGUGGCGGUGUCAUACGAAGCCGUCGCCUGAGUACGUUCACGGUUCAAUAAUGGUUCGACGCGGAUGGAUAAGGCCCUAAAGGGCGACAACGGCUUAUAAUGAUCGGAACGCCAUCAGCGCACCUGGCGCCUCCGCACGCAGUCAUUUGCUUCCGCCAGCAAUGCUCCUUGUGCCGCCGUCGGCACCAGUUCGUGUCACCACUGCGCUGUCGUUAGUACUGGCCUUGAACAAGUUUCAUAACAUUGAUAAUGACACCGGGCUGCGUAGAGAUGAGCAAGUGGCACAAUGCUUACGCGUACUUUGACGUAUCACAGAGGAGCUUCUGCGUGAUUUUUCUUUUUUGCGUCAAUCAAUGCACCGACAAGAUAUAGCAACACCAGCGAGGAUACGAGUGCUAAAUGUACUAAAGCCUCGCGAUGUUGCAAGGAGUAUUCAAUCGCUGGCCAUCCGUCACAAGGCACAUCAGUCGCGGGCGCUCGGAACCGAAACCGAGUUCGACAACAUUAAGUUACAAACGUAACUGUUAACAUCGACGAGAAGUAGUUAAGGUAAAUUUUGUCGCGUCAAAAAGAAAAUCAAACGAGUAAAAAAGAACAAAAGCAAACCAAAAAAAGAAAAAAAAGAAAGAAAACAGAAAACGAAACUGUACUCGUCUAGCCACAUCGAGCCUAGACACACUUUAGCCAGAGCCUUAUGGACUGUGAGUUUCUUACUGUAUUGUGUGAAGUGCGAAAAGCUUGCGCGCUCGUGUGCCGGUUACUUUUGUAACGUAAUAUGCGCGCCUGAGGCGACGAGAUCGUCUCGGCAAUCGCCGCAGCCAUGGUAGCCGGCGUGCCCAGCCUCAACAUCAAGCAGCUCGACUGCAAGCAGGGCGCCGUGCGCGCGGUCCGCUUCAGCGCGGACGGCAACUACUGCCUGUGCGGUGGCAGCGACCGCACCGUCAAGCUGUGGAACCCUUUCCGCGGCGCACUCCUGCAGACCUACCUCGGCCACGCCGGCGACGUGCUGGACAUCCGGGGCUCGUGCGACAACGCCACCAUCGCGUCGGCCAGCACCGACAAGUCGGUCGUGCUGUGGGACGUCACGACGGCCAAGAGCUCGCGCAAGUGGCGCGGCCACGCCGGCGCCGUUCAGGCCGUCUGCUUCAACGAGGACUCGACCGUGGUCAUAUCGGGCUCCAUAGACGGCAGCGUCUGCUGCUGGGACACCAGGAGUCGGGCCCGCGACCCCCUGCAGGCGCUGAAGGAGGCCCGCGACGCCGUGACGAGCGUGCUGGCCACCGACCACGAGAUCGUCAGCUCGUCGCUCGACGGGAAAGUGCGUCGCUACGACCUCCGCAUGGGCAAAAUGUGCGCGGACACGCUGGGUUGCCCGGCGACGCGAGUUCAGAUGACGCGGGACGGGCUGUGCGUGCUGGUCAGCUGUCUCGGGGGCUCGCUGAGACUCCUGGACAAGUCGUCGGGACAGUCGCUGCAGCAGUUCGCCGGCCACAAGAACGCGCAGUUCUACCUCGACUGCUGCCUCAACCAGGACGACUCGCACGUCUACUCCGGGUCCGAGGACGGCCAGGUCUGCUGCUGGAACCUCGUCGAAGGGUCGCUGGUGGAGAGGUUGAGGCACCCGACCGAAGCGCCGGUAUCGUCGCUGUCUCAACACCCGUCGAAAGCGGUGCUACUGACGGCGACUCGGGGACUGGUGUAUCUCUGGGGAGAGCCCGAAAGCGUCGUCAAAGACUCCUGAUGCGAUGACGGCUGUUUCAGCGUGGUGUACCAGAUGGUGAAAGUGCUUCAGCCCGAACAAGCUUGAAUAGGCGAUACUAGCAUCCGGUGGGGAGCUUGCACUGUGAAAUGGGAACACCGUGGUUCCGCAAUAUCAAGAGGCUAGACACAGUUACCACUCAUCAUGCUCGAGAGGAGAAGUCGUGUCGUGGAAAACGGACGCUGUGCAUUCAGAGAUCGCAAUAGGCCUCAUUGUUGCAAUGUUCAUCAUUCGUAUCUGUGCACCUUGUUUCAUAAGUACAUGGGUCGUGUGCUCAUAUUUACUUAUGGUGAAGGAACAUCGUAGAACAUAGCAAAGGUGGCUUCUACUGCACUGAAAGAUAUCGCUGCCAGUUGUUGCAAUUCUUUAGCCCCUCCACUGUGUGCAAGAAAUUUGAAGUCGAGAUGUCUGGCAUGCUGCGUACGAUCCACUUAAUUUUGUGUAACAACACUAAUUUGUUAAUACAAGCAAGAAGAUGUCAUAGCUAGGCUAUGCACAGGACUUUCUAUGCAGCGUGGUUGUUGAAAACCACUU